AUGGUCGUCGCGGUGGUUUUCAGUAUCACUUUCGGGAAUGACGACAGCGCCGCGGCCUUUCUCGGCGCCUUCCAAACGAUGAAGCGUCAGGUGAUGGCGCAGGAGCCCGGGGCCCUUCUGUACGAGCUCCACCAGUCCGUCCACGAGGGCCGCCCGGUCCCCCGGAAGUUCAUCGUUCUCGAGCGCUACAACAGCCGGUUCGACCUCGAGGAGGUCCACCAGCGGAGCCCGGCCUUCGCGGCGCUCCAGCGCGAGCUCCGCGCCCUCGAUGUCGUCGCGCAGAGCGUGGAGGUGCUCGAAAGCGGCGGGAUCGCGAACGGGGCGUCGCCGGGGCGGCUGGAGGGCGAGGCGUGCCCACCGGAGGGGGGGCAUCCGCUGCUGAAAAAGCGCGUCCUCGUGUUCGGGGGCUCCCAAAGUGGGCGGGACCCCGCCUACGCAACCGAGGCCUCCCGCCUUGGCGAGCUCCUCGCGCGGCGGGAGAAGCGCGCGCUGGUCUACGGCGGCGGCACCUUCGGCAUGAUGGGCGCCAUCGCCAAAGCCGUCAAACGUGAAGGGGGAACAGUAAUCACGGUGAUCCCAAGACCCCUUUGCGGGCAUGAAACCUCCGGCGAUAUGAUCGGGGACCUUGUCUACUACACCGAUACGAUGUCGGAGCGGAAGAGCAUCAUGUUUGCCUGCGCGGAUGUGGUGGUGGCGCUGCCCGGCGGCACCGGGACCUUUGAUGAGCUGCUGGAAGUGAUCACAUUAUAUCAAUUGGACGCAUACCGCCCGAAGAUUGGUUUGUUAAACGUAAAUGGGUACUUUGAGCCCUUUCUAUCGCUGUUGAAGCACAUGGUGACGGAGGGCUUUACCUCGGAUACCGUUUUCUCGUCUAUUAUCGUGGCAUCCACCGCCGAUGCCUUGAUCGAUGCUCUCAAUAAGUAUGAGCUGCCACCUCUUCCGGAAAAUAGGUUAGAAUGGCACGUGCGGCCUUAA